GAUCCUUCAGUGGAUCAUCUUGUUGUCAAUGGUAUGGACAGUGACCGUUCAGAAUUGCAGAUGUAUGCUUCUCAAUAUUUUUCGCAAAUCACUGAACUUCUGAGGAGAUUGCCCCGAGUUAUUCUUCUAAUGCUCAAGACGAAUGACUGCUUACGAGCAGUUAAUGGGUCAUUGAUUAAAAGGCCUUCUCUUGAGUCAUUCUUGAUCAUUGGAAGGGUUUCAUCUGAAGCCGUUCUUGAGUCUCUGCUGUCGCAAAAGAAAUCGUUAUUAUCUUGGAUCAAUUUUUGGGUACAGAAGAUUUUGUUGAAAGGCCGGCUUUGCAUAAUGCAUAUAGCACUGUGGCUUUUGCAACUUCAGAAAACCUUGACAUUGUGAAAACAAGUGUACUUUCAAUUUUAUUGGAUGUCCCAGAAUGAACUUACAUACUGAAAGCAACUAUCAGGAGAUGUUAAAUGUGAAAUUUUGUUAAAACUUUCUUUAGUAGGUGGAUGCAUUGAUUCUCUUGCAACUUGUCCUUGAUCUUUCAUCAUUGCAGAGCCUGAGUCUGGAAGAUGGCAAUUCUUUUGUAAUAAGCCUCAUUUACAUUUUUAAGUAGAAUGAUUCUUGUAGAGAAGGCAAGGUAAACAAAAAAUGAUUGUUUUAGUAGUAGAACAAGUGGCUUCUCGUUGUAACAUCCUUUGAUACUCCCAGGGUAACAGCAUAUUUAUUGGGGUAUUAUGGUAAGUUGGUCAUAAAUUGUGCGGUUUCUUUUAUAGCA